UCCUGUAGGAGUCAGGUGGGACUUUCAAGGGAUUUCUCAGGACUCCUGAAGACUCCCGUGGGACUUUGAGGAUUCUGAGGACUUUCGUUGGACUCCCGCAGGACUCGAAAGCUCCACAGAAGUCCCACGGGAGUCUUCAGGAGUCCUGAGAAAUCCUUUGAAAGUCCCACCUGACUCCUACAGGAUCUUGCAGGAUCCCGCAGGACCCCGUGACAGGAGUCCCGUGGGAGUUUUGCCGAGAGUCUCGACUAGGGUUACCGCUAUCUGCCUCCAGAUGCAAGUUUUUGAGGAAAAAAGUAAUGCGUUAGAACCAUCUUGAAAAUUUAGCUAUAGCCCAUUACUUUUUAAAAUGAAAUUGUGAAUGUCGCUUACUCAAAUUUUUAAAACAACUUCUUUUGGUAACGCUGUGACCGGCGAAAUUAUCAAGCAUUGUUUUGCCUAUAUCUCAGUGAGAAAGAAACGAAAAGGCUUCAUUCUAGUGUCAGAAGAAAGGCCGUAGUCGGUAGUUUAGAUACUAUUUCUUAUCUUUUGUUGGAACAAAACAGUAAGUCGCAUUAUCAAUUUGAAAAUAGGAGCACAACAGACGUGACGAACAAGAUGGUUCGUUCUACUUACUGCGCACCAUAUGACGGCUCACAGGACUCACUUGAAAAAAAAGAAAUUCAUUUUCUGACACUUUCGACUAUACUCGACAACCUGGCAUAAACAGUUUUGUUUACUUUUGAAAAAAAUACUUAAUCAGCGAAGUGUCGAGUUACGUGGACAAGCCGUUAGUUAGAUCUAGAUAUUUUCAUCUCAGUAUCUUACCUCAUUUCCUCUUUAUACAUAGUAAAAAAAUAUUUUCAUACUUCCAGUUCAAGAAGACGGAGAUGAUAAUAAUACAAUUAAAAUUACUGAUAUAAUAUCGACAAAACCUUUGACAAAUACGACAACUAUAAUUAAAACCAUCACUCUUGAAGAAGCAGAAGAAGAUGGUGGAAAUAAUGAAUCACGGAAUCCACUUAAAGUAGCUAAACAAACUGCUAUAACUAUAAAUCAACCAGCACCUCCACAAUUUAAACAAUUUGAACCUUUAAAAGUUAAAUUUCCUUCACGUGAUCAUUCAAAAGAGUUUACAUCUUCUUCGUCUUCAAGCGCAGAUACAAUUGUUACUGUAGGAAUGAGAGCUUUUUUUGUUGUCGACGUAGUACAGUCUAGUAAACAGAAGUUAUGCGAUCAUUAUGGUGAUCAUUUGCAUUAUGUUGAUUCGAGUAAAGCGAAUACUCCCGCAUCUCGUUAUGGUGGCUAUUAUUCAAUCUAUCAUGGAGGCGGUGCCUAUUCGGGCUCAAUAACUCCAUCGAGUUGUCAUUCAACAGCAUUUGAAAUGAUGCAUAUUGAAAGUUUAAGAGAAAAAUUAAAUCGUUUAACAAGGGAAAGUCAAAAUCUCACAUCCGGCAGAGCUGAUCUUGAUGAUAAUUAUGGUAGUCCAAGAGUAUUACGUAUUAAAGAUGAUGGGAAAACAACUCCAACAACUAGUUUAAGUACAGAAUUUUUUCAAAAGAAGUCAUUAUCUCGUGAACCAAUACCAUCCACGUCACUGCAUCAGCCGGGUGAUUAUGGCAUUGUGAAUAUUGUCAAAGAAUUGCCUGGUACAGCUGGCACUUCUAAUGAGAAUGAUCGUAGCAGUGUACAUCUUUAUACAAAUGGAGGACGUGUCAAUAGUGAAGUGACUUCUACUACACAUCAUAUAGUAACGCAUGACGAAGCCAACACCAGCAGCAAUGGUGGUAUUAUGGAAACAAUUAUACAAGAUACUUAUAUUUCACCAGCCAAAUUAGAUUUUAAUAAAUUAAAUGAAGAACAACAACAAACGAUUGAUAAAACGCCGGCUGUUUCUCAAUUGGCUGAAGGAGCAAGACAAACGAUAGAUGAUAUUCGUGAGUAUCUUCUGCCUAAUUCUUCUACUGUAACAAAUAACACAGAAUCUAAGCCAGAAUCAAUAAAUAAUUCUCCUCAGCCACUUGAAAUUUUGAGUUCUCCCUCAUUACCACUUGAUCAGCCUAUUUUGCCUGAAGAAAAACCUGCCACUCGAACACCUAAUGUUGCUGAACGUCUAUCAAAAUCAAAAAUAAUUCCCGAGCCAGCACGAGCACUGGCUAAUGCUCUAAAGCAUGCUGUUGUUAAACCACUGAAAAAGACGAUGAAUAAAAUGAAAUCCUUCGAUUCCACGCCACCCAGUACAACAACAGCCAUAGCGCCAGUACCACCCGUUAGUAGCAACGAAUUAUCAUCAACUGAUAUUCAAAAAGUGCCUCAAGAAACUACUUUAGAGUAUACUACUAUUCGUAAACAACAUCCUGCAAUCGUUCAUUCAUUGUCUCUUACAACUCCACCUGUGGAUUACGAGAAAAAUUCGGAUGUAAUAAAAAGUGAAUUAAUUUCACCGAAAGAACAUACAUUGUCUGAGCCGUCAACACCUACGACGAUUUCUCCCGACUCAUCCACAUUGUCGCAGUUUCUUCUCCCUAGUUCACCACCGGCUAAGCCUCCUCGUCAUAGUGAUUCGUCCUCAUCGAUUGAAACAUCCGUGCCUCUAUCACCUACAACACCUCCACAGAAACCACCUCGACAUUUCAUUCCUGACGAUAAUAUAAUAUUGGAUAGUAAUAGCCAUGAUCAAUCGUUAAUUGAUAAUCAAAGUUUAAUUCAACAAACUGAUAGUGUUGUCAAAAAAGUAUUGAAUAUUGUUGAUACAUUUGGAAUGCCACAUAAUGGUGAUAAUGAUGUCGAAUUGUUAAAACAACAGAUAUCACCACCACCUAUUUACAUUCAACAACCGUCAAAUGACUUAGAACUAAAACCUUCCUUUGAUAAUCCUGAUGUCGAACGUAUAAUACAUACACAUGAUUUAGAAGAAGAAAUUGUAUCCAAUAAGGAAACACAAAUUCAGCCACAGAAGCAAGAUAUUGUAAACCAUAGUGACCAAUUUAAAUCGCAUAAAAGUAAUGAAAUGGGAGUAAAAAACUUAGUCGAUAUCGUAAAACAUAUUCGAGAAGCAAUUCGUCGAAUAAAUCAUAGCCAAAUGGCCGUCGAAUUAAAGACAGAAAAUUACAGACCAUUAAACCGUUCAAGCAUCGUACCACCACUGCAUACAACUGAUGAUGUUCAUAGAUUUAAAGCUACACCAGGUUACAUCCCAUUGAUGUCCGAUAAAUCACUUGAACCAUUUUCUUCCAUACCAGAUCAACCAAACGUUCAAACAGUCACUGAUUUAUCGACAGCUACCUCUCUAUUAUUAGAACCUCAACAAAAUAUUGCAACAGAAAUUAUAGAUUCAUCGAUCGAAGUCGGCUCGUCGCAAAUACAUUUUCUUCCUGAACAAAAUGAAUUAGACACCGUUUUAAGUUCACACAUUAUAAACCCCUUUGUCGGACCCAUCUCUAGUCAACAAUCUAGUAUUAGUGAACUCAACCGAUCAUUAUCUCCUUCCGUUUCAUCUCAGUUAUCAAGCGCUAAAACUAUUAUACCCACAACAGUCGAUACAUACAAACUCUCACCUGUUCAAAUUUCCCUGGGUACUUUGCCAGCCGCGACUCCAAACGUUCGCGUCACUGCAACAUCAACAGAUGUGCCUCGUGUAAUUGAGGAAGCAACUGUUGAAACAACAUCUAUAUCAUCUUCGAUCGAUCCAACUAAUGAAGCUUUUGUUACACAUAAAACCGUCACUGUACAUCGUGAACCCUUAUCUUCUGCUUCCAUAACUGAGACUAAUCCUUCAAAUGACAAAGAUAUUAUAUUUCGAUCAACUGAGACAACAACAAACGUUGAAAAAAUUAGUGAAGAAUUGCAACGAGCAUUCGAUGAAGAAAAUAAAACUGAAACAAGUGUCGAUAAAAUUCGAGCAAUCGAUACAAUGAUAAAUAAAGAUCGUCAACAUUUAUUAGAAAAAUUAUUGAAAUUUGACAAUACUAAUCAGUCCGGUGAAAGUAAUGUAACAACCACACUGACAUCGUUACCUACACUAACAGAUUCUGUUAAUGAUCAAACUGAUUAUGCAAGUGAAUCCAGUGGAAGGCAAAAUACAUUUCUUGAUUCAUUCAAAACCGGUCUCGAUAUUCAGGAACAAUUAACUUCAAAGACAGCCGAAGAUGAUCAAGCGAAGAUAGGAGUAUCCGCAAACAGACCAUUAAUGUUUGUUUCCGUUGAGCCUGGUUUUAAUUUAUCCAAAGUUUUUUCUCCUCUAACUGAUUUGACUAAAACCUCUAAUAACAACGAUCAAAUUGUACAACAACCUUCUAUUUCUACUUCAUCACCUACCAAUUUUUGUCCACCUUCCACUAUUCCAAAUGAGACACCUUCAUCUCUGGUAACAACUACAUCUGUUACUGUUAUAUCUCGCGCCGAUCCCAUGGUCAAUUCUAUAUCGACAACAUCUUCGGCAUAUGAUGAUGAUUUAACAUUGACGGGUGUCAAUUCAUCACUAAUGCCUAACGCAUCAGAUGGUGGGUCGGAUUAUCGAAAUCGUUCAUUACGCAGUAAAGAAAGUAGCAUUGAUUCGGUUGAUACAACUGCUUAUGAUAAUGUACAACAAAUUCGAAGUGGAACACCUCGUUCAUUAGUCUCCGACUAUGAUAAUUUACACGGUUCAUUUGUUAGUUUAAAUGAAUCACAGACAACUGAAAGUGAACAACAGCAACAACAACAACAAAGUCAACCAUCAUCAUCUAGUCUUUAUGAAACAGCAUCUUCUCCAUCGAUUACAUUAAAAAGUAACGGAUCAUCUGAGUCAUCUGACUCGACUCAAUAUGAAAGUUUUGAUAUACCUACGACAACGGCAUCAUCAUUGUCAAACGUGUAUCAAUCAGCUCUUAGUACAUUGAAUAGUUCAUCAAGUGAUUUUAGUGAUCAUACAGCAACACCGGAAAUGCGUCGACUCUCAUCUGAAAUAAGUGAUGAUGAUGAAGAUUUUGUUGAAAAUGCAGAUUUAGAGACACCAACACCAAGUUUUAAAACAAAUAUUAAUCAAUUUAAAAUAUUUAAUUCUGAAUAUAAUCCUAGCAUUACAACAUUAUCGACAAAUAUUGUCGAAGCACCACCAAUUAUUGAAAUAACAGAAGAUAAUAAUGAGCCGAUCGAUGAAGAUGAUAUGUCAUUUUUAACUGACGUACUUGAACAAUAUAAAAAAACAAAAGGUAUUCAUAUAGAACAAGAAAAAAAAAAUAAUAUGGAUACAAGCACAAAACCAAGUGAAGUACGAAAUACUGCCGUCGGAGAAGAGCAAUCAGCUUCUAUCUUAACUUCAUUUUCUCCUUUGACUUCUAUUUCUGUUCGUACUAUUCCAACUAAAAUAGAAUCACUUGAUAAAAAAUUAGAUGGUACUUCGCCAUCAGUCACAUUACCGAAUAUUUUACCUAUUCAACCGACAACAGGUAUAACUAAAACAUCAGUAUCAUUUCAACGUUUAUCAAAAUAUAGUAGGCCAGCUGAUGAAGUAGAACAGGCUUCUCCAGCUGUAAAUACAAAUUUUUCUUCUAUCUCAACUAUUCCAUCAUACUCUACAUCAUCUAUUGGAACACGUGAAAUACGUUCGCAGUUGAUGGAAACCUCAUCUGAAUUAUUAAAAAAGAUGUCAAAAACUGCACCAUCUACCGUUAGUAGUCAACAUCAACAGCCUGUAUCGAGUACAGCUGAUCACAUACAAUCAAAUUGGUUAGAGGAUCGUCGCGCCUAUCAAAAUGAAGAACAACAACAAAUUUCACCUAAAACUCGUCCAGCCCGAAUGUCACCACCAACAAAACUCUCAUUUGAACAAAAUAUAACAAAUUUAGAAAAAGAAUCACCACUAUUGCAAUCGGAAUUAUUGACAGCCGAACAUGAACUAUCAGCAUUAAAAUCUCGUCUAGCUGUGACCGAAGGAAUAACCGCUGUUACAUCAACAAUAUUAGAAUCGUUGAAAGAACAUUUUGAAUUACCUACAAGACAAGUGGAACAAAUUGAUGCUGCUCUUAUAAGCACAAGAGAAAAUGUUGACAUGACAUCUGGUAGAAAUGUUUGUGGCGAUCUAAGUAGUGAACCAACACCUAAAAUUCCAUCAUUCAAUAAAAGUUUAGUCAGUGGUGUUAGUUCACAUUCCAUUCCAGAUGCAAAACCGGCAUUUACUGAUCAAGCAACAUCUCCUAUUCAAGAAUUUAAUAUUAGUAGUUCACCAUUGAUAUCAAUAAUUACACCAUUCACUGUUAGUUCACAAACUUCACCUAUGAUUGAAAACGUUUCGUUGUUACCCUCACUGACGAACGAAUUAACAGGCGAACCUGUUGAAAUUCAUUAUGAUGCAAUCACUAAUCAGCAAACAUCGUUUCUUGUCAAAACACGAAAUUCAUUUUGGAUUGCCAAUCAUAUUCCAACACACGAAGCUCAAAAUCGUUUACAAACAAUGUCAAGUCCAGUGAUGAAACGUGCCACGGUGAAAUUACCCGAAUCUAUGGAUCAAUUUCUGUCAGAUUCAGACGUUGAAUUCGUUCCUCAAGUACAACAGAAAUUGCAACAACAAGUCAUCGAUGACGUAUCAAUGAAACAAUUUUCAGAUUUUAACAGUGAAACACAUUGGUCAAUCGAAUCAAUUGCUGGCUCAGAAAAAUUUAGUGAUCGAUCAGUUCAUGAUAUCAAAGAAUUUGCAUCACCCACGAAAGACGGAGAUAAAAUUAUUUGUGAAUGUAAUCAGCCGUUAACAUCAGAAUCAUUUGAACAUAUACGUUCACCAUUAACCGAACAAAAUAUAAAUAUAUUCAAUCGAGGUUCAAUUGAAAAAAAACAAUUGUAUGAUGAUGAUACUUGGUCAACAGAAGUUUUAGCACCAUCAGUGGUGGCUGCAUCCGAGCAAGAAUUAUUAACAAUUCAAGAAAACGAACAUUUGUCAUCAAGAACAUCAUCUCCACUUUCUGAUUUAGAACAGCAAGUACCAGAAGAGAGUUUUCAUGAGGACAAACAAUAUCAACCUACACAAGUCGUAGACGAAACAACGGUUUUGUCUGAAGAUAAAUUAAUUCAGCAAGAUUCUCUUACACAAUUAUAUGAAAAUAUUUCAGCAUCUAUUACAGAAAAAGUUCUUUCCACUGUUACUCAGAAACAACAAGAAACGCCGACAACUAUUAUUCAAUCGGAGCCCAAUAGUCAGUCUCCUCCGUUAGCUAUAACACCAGACAGGGAAACAAGUUAUGAUACUAAAGAACAAUUAUCGGAAAUGAUGAAAAUUCGUUCGGCACCAUCUGAAAAUCGACAACAAUUAGAAGAAUUAGAAGUAAAAGUAGAAGAGUUAUAUAGUAUCUUGGAUCAUAUGUUGCACCAAAAAGACAAAGAAAUAUCGACGGAAAUGAAUGAAUUUGAAUUGAAAGUUGAUGAAUUAACAGUUAUUAUGAACGAUAUUGAUAUGAAAAAACAAGAUGAAGAUCGUAUUGAACUAGAAAUUGAUGAAUUACAUAAAAUUAUACUAUCUAUACAUGCUAAAAAUCAAAUUAAUUUUGAUAUAUUGCCAAAUGCUGAACAAGACUACGAAUUGGCCACUCAACAACUUGUUCAAGAACGACGGCGUUCAUUAGAGCUGCUGGAAGAAAAUGUUAAUGAACUACGGCAAAUUAUACAUGAUAUAUCCACAAUUAGUUCACGCGAACGUCCACAUAGUCUCGCAUUAACAACAGAUAAUCAAGUAACUUUACAACCACACAAGGUAACAACACCUGACGAAGAAAUUCCAGCAAAAAAUUUAAUUGAGGAAUUUGAAGAUAAAACAGAAUCAGUUCAAAAUGUUGAUUACGAAAAAGAGUGGACACCUGAACAAAUGGCAGAAUACUUUCGUUGCACACCAGAUGGUAAACGUUUAUCAAGCCCAACACUAAAAUCAGAAACUUUACAAAUGACAUCUACUGAGAAUACACCACAAUCCGCAGGAACAAUCAACGAUACCAAUCAAAAACCGUAUUCUUUAAAUAAUUUGGCACAGAUAAUUUACGAAAUGCGUGAACCACAACAUGCUACACAGCAGUUGAUUGCGGAAGACCCAAUAGUUUCAACCGACGUUUUCUAUGAAGGCGAUCGAUCCUUUCAUCCUGAGGAGAAAGUAACCACACAUCUUGUACCGGAAAGUCCUCGUGUCUCAAGUGAUGUUUUUUAUGAAGGAGAUCGAAGUCAUAGUUUGUUUGAAAAUACAGAGAAUUUAAAAAGUAUCGUUCAAAAUAUAAUUGAGAUUGGUGAACAGCAAAAAAAUAGUACUGCAUAUCUGAUUCCCGAGGAACCAGUAAUCAACCGCGACGUAUUCUAUGAAGGAAGUAAACAGCAAAAUUUGUACGAAACUGAUAUUGAUAAUUUGAAUACAAUUGUUGAUCAGAUGGCACAUAACGUAAAACUGGAGCCUGAAGAACCCCGUAUCACAGCAAAUAUCUUUUAUGAAGGCGAUACAAAACGGUCAUUAUAUCAUGAAGAUAACGAGCAGUCAACUAAUGGUGGCUUGUAUCAAAUUAUAAGUGAUAUUCACAACCGUCCAUUAGAAUCAGAUAAUGAAGAGUUACUUGUUGAAUCAUUUCUAACAACUGAAAUUCCAGCUGUCAGAGGGAACGGAUUGUACGAGAUAAUCCAUGAAAUUGAAAAUUUCCCAUUAAGUUCAAACACGACAAUGAAAGAAUUACCUGAAGAUGAUCGGCAACAAUUAUCCCCACAUACCAUCGAUUUUAUGAAUACAAUAAAAGAAGCUGAACAACAUUCCACACACGAUGAAACUGCUCACACUUCUGAAAAAGAAUACAUAUUACCAUUCAGUCAAGAACCAUCCAUAGUGAUUCAUCGAACGAUUUUAACCCGAAACGAUACUCUAUAUGAACCGGAAAAAAUAUCAGUGGACUCUGAACAGACUUCGCCUGUAACUGAAAUAGAAUCACAAAAGAAUGAAGUACUUAUUUUUAACAAUGAAUCUACACCACGCAGUGAAGACAUCGACAAUAGAGAAACCGUUCAAUCUGAUUGGACAAUCUCACAAGAUCAACAUCAAGAAAUUUAUGGUGAACAACACCCAUCAGAAAGAAAAUUCAUUUCGGAACUGACUGCGCACGAAAACGUGGUACCAGAACAUACCCUCGAUGUUUCAACGCAUAUUGUAAAAGAUAUUCAAGAACAACCAGUGAUGACCUCAAAUGAUGAAUCUAUUUCUUCAUAUGCUGACAAAACAAAACAACUCUCUCCUACUCAAGUAAUACCAGAGUUCGGCGAAAGUAUCGAAGAACUGGUAAAAAUAGCUAGUAGUCUGAGAAAUUUUCAAAAACCCAUUUCACCAUAUUUAAAUGAAGAUAAAAAUCAAGAGAAUGAGAUAUCAUAUCAAAUUCCAUCGUAUAAAACCGAUGAGUAUCUUUCAUCUGAUGAGGAAAUUAAUGUUUUGAAACGUCCAGACGAAUGGACACAUUCAUCAUUUCAAAAACAAGAGAUUUAUGGUGACAAGUACCGUCCAGAAAAAUCUGUGGGGGAAGAUCAGAUUGAUUAUGCUAUGGAGAGUCCUGAAGUGGAAGUACGUUUAAUGCAGGAAAUAUCACCAUCAUUAUCGGGGCUUGAAAGCAUUAUCCGUGAUAUAUCAAAUGACAAUUUUGCUAAUGAUGAAAAUCAAGAGCUACCUUUUGUUUCUCGUAUUCAACGGGCAUCUAUAAUAAGUCGCACGAUACAAUCAAAUGGACGAUAUUCAGAUGAAACUGGGGACGAUUGGAAAAGUAGUCAGAUGUCAGACGAUAAUCAGUUAUAUACAACAGAUGAUGAAUUUAGACCAACUCAUUUGGAAAUUACCACCUCUCCAAUACACGAAAACCAACCAAUACCAUUUCAAACUGAUUUUCCAGUAUUAUCUGAUGAGUCUAUGCAACAGUUGAGUACAGAGCGGCAAGAAGAAUCACAACGUGCGAACGAAAGUUUCGAUCGAUUAGAGAAAGAAUCAAGUCAUAAAGAUGAUGGUUUGCGAAGAGAUCAAAUAAAUGAUCACGAACGGUUGCUAAUUCAAAUAUCGACUGAUAUUGUUAAUAGAAUAUUGGAAAAUGCAUUAAACGACGACAUUGAACAAGACAGAUCAAUAGAUCCUCUUGCAUCACCAAUAAUCGAGACUGUUUCUAGUCCUUUACUUGAACAAACCAGUGAAACAGCACUAUUAUCAUCUGACAUUGAACAAAAUAUUCAAAAUGUGUCAACAGUAACGUCAGAUAUUCCAAUAAAUGAAAAUACGUCAGAAAAUCAGCCUAUUUUACAACAAGUCGGCAGUCUUAUAGGCGAUUUAGCUCAGGGAUUUACAUCAAUGUUUUCGACGAGAGAUGACGAAAAUUUACCAGAACCAACGAUAUUAAAUUACAAAAUGCAACAUGACUAUAAUCUUGGGGAGGAGUUACGACCGCAACAACGCAUAGAUGAAAUGACAGAUGAACAAGAUAGUUUAAAUGAUAGUGGCAAAUAUACAACAACAAGUGCUGAUGCCAUCCCGUUAGCCUCGUCGCUUGAUAGUAUAGGUCCCACAAAUGAAGAAGAACAACAAAUAACUGAUUGGAAUUCAUUGGUUAAAGGCGAAUCUAAACAACAAGAGAAACAAACGCGUGAUAUUCCAGAAGUUAUCAUAUCUAAAGUCAGUGUGAGUAGUGAACAAGAAGACGAGCUCAAAGACGAUGAACCUUAUAUCUCAUCAAACUCUGUUCAGGAAUUAGGAGACUUGACAAAUAACUUGCAAGAAUUAGAAGAAAAACUUGAUCAGGAAAAUAGCCAAGAACAAGAGACGUUUUUAUCGUCUAUUGAGAGUGAAGAUGAUGAAGGUAAAAAUUUAAUACCACAGCCCGCGGAUGAACCCUAUUUGAUCGUGUCCGACGUGGUGACUUCAAAAAGUACAGAAGAACUUAGUGAUCUUGCAUCCGAAUUAAAAAAUUUCGAAGAACAAAUUAAUGACAUCGUAGUUCACGAUGAAGAGAAUGAUGAUUUUUCAUCUGAAGAAGACGAAAUUCACCAUUAUGAUUUACAAAUACCAGAAAGUUUAAUAAGCACGAAAUCUACCGAGGAAUUGAGUAAUCUUGUUGAUGAAUUACAUAAGGUAGAAGAACAAUUAGAAAAUAAAUUAGAACAAUCUACAUUUUUACAAGAUGAAUCUGAUCAGUUACAAACGUCACGAUCGUCUACUGAAUUGACCAAUGUUGCACAUCAAUUCGAAGGAAAAUUAAAUUAUGAACAAUUGUCACAUGAUAUUAUAGAAAAACGACGUGAUAGUAAAUCAAUAUCUGAUCAAGAUUACCAUCGAAUGGAACGACGUCCGUCCAGCCCACCAACUACACCGACAUUAAGACAACAGUUUCUUGAAGAAUCUAUUCGAUCAAUGAACGAUGUUGAUGAAGCAAAAGAACAAUUAUCAACGAUUUUAGCUGGUCAGAAUGAAAAUAUUGACGAAGAACAUUAUAUUUUACAAACAAUGAUUGAAAACAUUAUUAAACAAGCACAAGAUACAAUUAAAAACGAAGAAGAAGAAUUAAAUUUAAUUCAGUCAAAUAGAGUUAUUGAUAAUAAUACUGUCAAAUCACCGAUUACGAUUUUCGAACCUAGUGAUCGUCGACGGCCUUAUGUUCAAUCUUCAGCAACAUCGAUAAGUGAUGAAUUAUCCACUGAAGACAAUACAGGUGAUAAACAGGGCGAACUUGCUGCUCAACUUGAUUAUUUAAGACGUAUGUCUCGAUAUGAAACACUAUUUGAUGAAAGUCAGCGACAGCUAUUUCUACAACAACAGCAACAAAACACAGAUGACAAUACUGAACAACAAACUAAAUUUAGUGAUUAUUUAACAGCUGUGCGUGAAGAAGAAAUAGAAACGAAUCGUAUAGAGGACAAGCAUGAAAAAGAUGAAGAAACAGACAGUGACAAUGAUCUCGAAGAACAGAAUAAACGAAAAAAAAAGAAAAGGCCUCUAUAUAACGAUAAACCAUUUUCUGAGCGUAAAGAUACAGAUAAACAUGAUGAUAGUGGAGAUGAUGAUAAUAACAAAACUGAUGAUCAAACUUUUCAAAGUGAUCAAGUAACAAGUACCGUUCAAACAAGUGAACAACAGCAGCAGCCAUCAGAACAACAACAAGGCUCGUCAAAUACAACACAAGUUGAUAAUGAUCACCAAAUGCAAAUUUCCCAGGAUUCCAUUGAGGACUACAAUCAAAUACUGUCUAGAACAAAAGAACAAUUCGUUUAUGGAUAUCAAACAUUGAGUAAAGAUGAUCAAAAUCAAAUGGAAAUUAGUCAUGAUUCCAUUAACCUAUCAUUAAGCGAUAAUGGUGACAUUAGCAAUACAGAAACACAACAAACACCAAGUAAUGAUGAAAAUUUUACCAGUUACAACUUUGAACAUAUUGAAAAAAAGCCAGCAGACAUGAAAACUUCAACAGAUUCACUUGAGAAUGAAUUUGAUAGAAAAUUAGAUAGCGAAAUUAAAUUUUCAUUUAGUUCACCAUUAAAUAGUAACAGAGACGAUGAAUUUGAUGAUAAUGUGUCUUUCUCACCAAUUCAAGAUGAUGUUCAAAUAGAAAUUGAUAACUUGUCAAACCGUAUUAGUCCAUUAAGUAAUAAUGAAUAUGAUUUAUUAAGACGUGAAACAGAUGAACCCACUCCAAGUAAAAUGUCCGGUUAUCGAUCCAAUUAUUUUCGACCAGAUUCCGUUACGUCACACGAAAAUGAUAGACAUUCAACACCACAAGAAUUGUUAGAGAAUGAUCAACGAAUACCAGUUGAAAUUCGACGCUAUUCAAUUGGAAAUGAGCAAAGUUUUGAUGAAGCAGUCGAUAAUCUAAUUACAACAUAUGAUCAAUCAAUAACUGCUACUAAUUUGAUAAGUAAAAUUGCUGAUAAACCGUUUCGUUCCGACUAUGAAGUUAGAAUAGAAGAAAAGCCAACAAUUUAUCGAAUGAUUCAACGAGAAAUUGAAACAGAACAAUUACCGGUAAUUCAUGCUAGAAGAACGGCAAGCGAAAAUAGUUUGUACAGUACGUCAAGUUCAUCAGCGCCAAUGAACGAUAGUCAUUCGUUGUCAAUUUCGUGUUUAACAUCGAACAGUUAUAUCAGUGAUAAUGAAAUAAAUCGAUCAUUAAAUGAAGAGAAAAAAAAUGACAAAGUUGCUACGGAUACACAAAGUUCAGGAUCGAUUAAUAUUUUAAAAUGGCCUAUUAAAUCAUCAUUAAUUGAUAAUGAUGAUUUGACACCUGUCAAUAAUCCAAAUAUCACAUAUUCGUUGUUAAAAGACGAAGAGUCUCUAAAUUUUGCGCCAGGUUUAUACGGAAUUUCUAUAGACGAACAGAAAACUGAAGAUGAUAAUCAACAAGUUGAUAGACAACGAUUCGAAAAUAUUAUUGAACAAGAAAAAUCGAGUACUAUUUCUAGCAUUCCGUUGGUUCAUUCGCCAGUUGAAAAUGCAGAAAUAAAACAGAUUUCAUCAUCAAGUGAUAUAUUAGAUCAGUCUUCAAGACCGAGAAAUCUAUUUAUUUCGUCUGACAAUUAUUAUAGUCCGUACGUUACUGUUGAAAAUAAGGUUUUUGAAAAUCCAGAGAGAUCUUCGCCUGUUCAAGAACAAACAGCCGUAAUUACUUCUUGGACACCACCAAUAUACGAUGAGCCUAUAAACGAUAUUCAUCAUGAAAGUAUUUAUAGGACAACAACAGAAGCGUUUGAUACCAAUAAUAAUAGUGGAACUGGUGGUUUCUUUGAUCGUUUUAAAGCACUAGUUGUCAAACCCGUUGAAUUGUUGGAAAGUGCAAUGGAAAAACGACGAAGUCGUACAUCAUUAAAUAGUGAACAAGAUCGUUCACGAAAAAAUACACCAUCACCAUCCGGUUCACUAGCAAGUCGCUCUCCGUCAGCUAUUUCUCUCACAUCAUCUGGCAAACGUACACCGGAUGAUGAAUUGGAACGAGAUGAACGAUUAAAAACUUUAUCAUUAUUCAAAACUCAAAAUAUUAUUCAACAUUUUCCGUCUGCUGAUGAUUUACACCAUGAUCAAAAAACAAAACUUGUUCGAUCACCAGAAAUUUAUCACAUGGACAAUGUUCAGACACAUUUAUCAUCGACUGAUCGUCAUCAUAUGUCUGUCACACAAUCCGAAUCGAAUAUUGACGAUACAACAACUUUCUCGGAUAUUCAUGAAUUAACUACCUUGUCUAAAGAAAAUUCAUUAGAAUCCAUUUUACAUGAUGCUGUUGAAAAGGAAUCAUCACCGGAGACCUUAGAUAUUAAUUUUAGUGAUGCUUAUGAGCCAACAAGUAGUAUUAUGCGUCCUUUGGCACUAUCUGUACCUGGGCAGGCGCUUGUUGCUGCUACGGUUAGCGAAGAAACAAUCAUGAAUGAAGAUGAAUUUGAACAAUUGACAACACAAUAUGUUAACAAUGUGUUAAAUGAAGUUGUAUUCCAGUUAAUCUCUGAACAAACAGGAAUAACUUAUGAGCGAACUUUGUCAUCGACUCCUUCGUCUCCUAGUACAUCUGGGGAAGAAACACCCUUAAAUAUUAAACAAAGCGAAGAAAGUGUUGACAACGGGGAGCCAAGUGGUGCGCAAGGAGGAUAUUCAAUGACAACAGAUAGCAGCAGUUUUUCAGUUCAAUACAGUGCAGAUCAAUCACACGAAAGCGGAUCAGAUGAACCUUCUUUUCCUGAAAAUUUUAAACAAUCAAUUAGAACACUGCGUCGAGCACAUACAGAUUCCGACGGUUUUCAAACACUCGAAUCACAAAAAGAGAAAACUGACCUUGAACACCUCUUCAAUCGUCAUACAAUUGAUGAUAGAACAGGUGUUUUUGUUCGACGUUCGAGUUUACCACAAACGCAUUCAUCAGAAAAUACAAAAUAUUUAAAUCAAAUGUUAGUAGAUCAAAAUUUAGUUGAUGAUAUGAAUUUCUUAACACCAAAUCAAACAGAAGAUGGAACAGCCAGUAGUGAGUACGCCACGGCAGCAGAGUCAAUGAAAUCGAGUACAAGCGUGAAUAAGAGGAAUUCAUCGUCAGAUGUUUCUAGUUAUGGUGAAACCAAAGAACGUAUGGAACAAUAUUUCUUAAAAAUUUCAAAAAAUGACGAUAUAAUACGUUCUGAUUCUAGCCGAAGUGGUUAUGUUACUGCUGAUGAAACACGUUCAGAUUAUUCGUCAAAAAUGAUGUCAGAUGAAAAUCAAGAAUACGGUACUGAUGAUGGUCUUGUUCAUUUAAAUUAUCGAUCCGACGAUGCUGAACUAGAUAAUAGACUUUUACAGUCAAAAACUCUUACGGCAGAUUCAUCAUUUCAAUCUGGUUUAGAUUUGGACGAUGAUCCUAAAAGAAGAAUAUCAGAUGAAGAGGAAGCAAGCCAUCUGAAAUAUGAGGGUGAAGGAGAAGAGAGCAGUACCAGUUUAACCGGUAGCGAUCGAAAGACGCUAGGAAAUACGAGUGGAAAUGAAAUUCGUUCAUCCUUAGCACUCGAAAGGCGUCCGUAUGAACUACCAAAGAGUGUUUCGUUUAAAUUAGAUUCGAGUGAACAGCAAUCACCUGUACAACAUCGAUCACCACGUCCAUCAACCGUCAUUAAACGUCAAGAAAGUCUUGAAUCACCAACGACGGAAAAAAAUAUAAUUAAAUCGUUACAAGACUUUAUCGUUUCCAAAAAUUUAGAAGAAUUAGGACAACGUCUUGAACUUGUCGAUAAACCACCACAAAGCUUUAGUGACUAUUCUUCACCUGAUAUCCAUUUAUCUCCCCAAUUGCCACGAGAAAAAUCAAAAACUAUAAGUAGUUCAGAUAAUGAACAAAAUGCUAGUGUCGUUCAAGAUGAUGCAAAAGUACCGAUAACAAAACCGGUGUACUCUGACUAUGAAGCUUAUGAAGCUGGGAGUGAGAGUGACCGAGAUGAUAAAGAGAAACGACCAUCCAUAAAAUCCACAGAGUUUUGGUUAAAUAUCGAAAAAAGUGAACCCAUUCUUGAACAAUCUGAUAAACCGUUAAUAUCACCAUCGGGAGCAAUGGUUACCUCAUCAUGUACAAGUGAAUCGUCAGAAAGUUGCCACCAGGUAGAAGCCACGUACGAUACAGAUACCGGUCAUAUAACAUCAUUUUCGAUUGAUGAUCAAGGUCAAACAAAAGUAGUGGAAAAAAGUUUAUUAGGACUAAAUGAAGAUGAAAAUAUGAUACAAGAAGACUCGGAACAAAACGAUGAAAAUCAGUUGAGUUCUCUUAUACGUGAAGAAUUAUCGCGUGUUAAAACAGACGUUCACACAGAAUCCUCGUCAAUUGUAGAUAAAAUAAAACUAAAACUAGAACGAUCGAUUGAUCGUCUUGUUAAAAAGACGUUAGCGGGCGAAGAAAACACACGGAAAUCAGAUAUCAUAUCUCCAUUUACCGAUCGUAGUCUCGAGACAUUUGAAGGAGAUAAAGUAGAGGAACAACAGCAGUUAAAACACGCUCACAGCGAACAAUAUAUCCAAGUUUCAUCUGACGAAUUUGAUUAUAAUACAUUACAAAGAUUUAGUUCAGAUUCUUGUAUUAUUAUACGUGUUCCAGAGCAAUAUACACCUAGUACAGCAUUAUUACUCGACGAUAUAAAACAAACAAGAGCUGAUUUAAAAAAUAAUCAUUCGGAUGUAUCUCAAUCGCUUUCGGAUGAUGAUGAAGUUACUCUAGCAAAAGAUUUGAUGCAAUCCAGUGUCAUUUAUCGACCGAAUACAGGCAACGAUAAUGGAGAACAGGAUGAUAGUAAGCAAGAGUCAGCAUUUCGUAUUUAUGAAAAACCCGAAGAAACCGACCCAUUUUUAGUAAAGAAUAGUAGUCCACUAAUGGCUGAAAAGGGAAAAUUACAAGUAAUGGAAGAAAGAUCAUUGAGUAUUUCGCCAAUAUCACGUGAUACACCUAGAAGUAUUGAUAGCAGUAUGGAAUUAGGUGAACGAGAUAUGACUGACAUGAGCGAUGAAUUUGUUUUGGUUAAACGUUUAUCAGUCGAGUCGAUGAGCACUGAUGACUUAUCUCCAGCUGCUAGUCCGCCGCUAAAAUCUUCUGCUGCUCAAAAAAACGCGCGAUCCAUCUCACCAUCGUCAUCGUCCCUGUCAGACAAACACGAAGAUUCGCCAGACCUAUUAGAAAUUUUAAAACAUGAAUACGACUAUCCUCCACUUGAUACUGGUUUUGAUAUUAGACAAGCGACAGUUUUAGAAACGGUUUAUGAAAGCCCAGAAUUAAAAAAUGAAGAUGCGACAACUCAUAGUUCAACGACAAGUGACUCUCGUAGAAAAACAAGCUCAACCAGUGAAAAUAGUGCACUUAUUGUUACCGUUGAAGAUGUGGUGGCUAAUGAUCAACAAGUACAAUACCGUCAUAAACCAAUUUCGAGUAAUCCAACGGCAAGUUCUUCCUAUGAAGAAUUAAAACGAUUAACCAUACCAUCAACAGUUUCAGCUACUGACCGUCAUUCUACGCCAAGUACAGUCAAUACCGACGAUUCUCUGCUGGAAUUCGAACGUUUAGAAAUGGAAAUGGCAAAAUCAGGCACAGCAUCACCCGCUAAUUAUCACAGUUUACAUACAGAUCGAGUUGUACCCACUGUUCCAUCUCAACAAGUUGCCAAUGUUGCACGUGAGAUAAGAAAUUCUGUUGAGUCUCUAAUAACACCAAUUGACAACAUUCAAUUAGAGGCGGAAAAAGUGGCAUCCUACAUUCAACGACAUCAAUCUCUCUUUUCAACAUCAAACUAUUCCGGAUUAGAUGAUGACAGUUCAAGUAAUAUUCAAUUUCAACGUUCAUUAUCCAAUGAUUUGCCACCUUUGUACAUUAUAAAACAAAAUAAUAAAUAUUUUCAAUCUGUGGAUGAUGAUGUCAAAAAUUUAAUUGACGAUAUUUUAUUUAAAACCGAACAAAUUCAUUUACAACGAACAAAACCGACUGAAAUUGAAAAUAGCGACUUAACAGCAUCCUAUAGUGAAUCGGGACCAUCAUCAUGUACAGAUCCAACAGUAAUUGUGAAUAUAACAUCGUCAAAACGAAAUUCGGACAAUGAAUUAACAUUGAGCGAUGAAGAAAAUCAAACUGAUUGGGAGCAUGAGAGUGAAUACGUUAAAGUUGGUUAUGAUGAUUUAGAACAGCCAUUGAAGUCGAACAAUAAACAUUCUAAAACAAACGAUUCGAUACAUUUAAUUGAUAGUCUUGUCAGUUCGGUCAUUGAUGAUGAUUUGGAUAAUGAAUUUGACAAAAAAAAAAAAGAAAAAUUAAAUACUGAUGAAACAUUUUCAGGUGAUUUAUCACCAUCUUGGUCUCUCAGCGAACAAUCUGUUGAUCGUGAAAUAAAAACAAGUUUUACUGGUAUUGAUGAAGACAGUUAUGCAUUUUUAAUGAGCACUAGUCAAACGUCAUCUCAACACAAUAAUGCUACGCAUAAUCCAACAAUGAUAACAUCCACAAGUUCAACAUCUUUUCCACGAAUGAUUAUUGAACAGAGUUCACCGGAUAUUAUUCAUACAUCACUGAGAGACGCUGGAGAACAUUUACAAGUGUCCGGUAGAGCAUUUGCUGAUGAUAGCCAAACCAGUUCAAUGACUACGUCCUCUUCAAUGUCUGAACACGGGGAAGAUAUAAACGCUAAGUCUUCAUCAUCGCAAAUACGCGAAAAAAAAAAACGUCGACGAAGUAAUAAUAAACAGUCGAAUACUACAAACUGUAACUCAUCAUCGACCGAAAGUGAUCAUGAUUCGGGCACAACACCCGUACUAAUUUCUCCAGCAAUUGAACAACCACCACAAUUACCUGCUGAAUCAGAAAUAAUUGAUUCAACUCCCCAUAUUUCUAGUCAAUUCCCUCAAGAUGAAGAUCGAGUAUUUUUUGAUACAGAUGAAUUAGCAACAAAACAAAAAAAGCAAACUUUAUCUUCAAAGACGUCGCCACCAUCCUCUCAUCGUCGCUCAUCCGUACCAUCAGAUCAAAUUUCUACCACACGCACAGCAUCUUCAUCUUCAUCCUCUUCAUUUUCUUCAUCAAAUCAAACUGUGAUACAGCAUGUAUUACCUGCUGAAAUUCAUUUACCUAGCUUCAAGCGUACUAACGAACCGUCACAUUCAUCAUCCAUUCGUUCUGCCGAUCAUUUACCAUUCAUUCCACCAUUUGUUCAAUCUCAUCCGCCCACCUCGACGUCAAGUCAUACUGUUGUACAUAAAAAUGACCGGUUAAUAAUGACUGACAUUUCACCUAACACCAUCACUACCACUACAAUUAAUACGACUAGUACAAUAAAAACAUUUACAACCUCGUCUUUUAUUACUGUUUCAUCUCCCUCAUUACUUUUAUCAUCAUCAGCAGCUAUUGAGAAUAAUAAUUUUAAUAAAAAAUCUAAUAAAACUGUUUCUCUCGAGAGUGAACUAGGUACUCAUUAUCAAAAAUCUCACUCUCAUCCCGGUACAAUUACAGGAGGAUUUUCUUUAUCUCCUAAUAAUACAAAAGAAGGAAUAGAUAAUACGAACAGAAAUCAACAACAUUCUAAUUCUAAUCUAUUGUCUUAUCGUCAUUCUUCUUCUGCUUCUCCGACUGGUUCAACGUCGGGUCAUUCACAUCAUUCCGACGAUUGCUAUUGUGGCAGUGCUACAUCAUCAAAAUUACAAAGUGGUAAAUAG